GGGGGAGCCGGGGCGGGGCCGCAUCGCCGGGCUGGCGGCUGCUCGGGCGGCGGGAUGGGGCGGAGGGCGCAGCCCGGCAGGCAGCAUGCUCCGCCGCCCCGGCAGCCGGCUCCCUGAGGCACCUCGGCCCGCCGCUGCCACCUGUAAAGGAGAGAAUAAGAAGACCUGUUCUCUUCUAAUUCUUUCUCAAAGUGCUGUGUGGAACCUUUCCUUCCUAGCUCCUGAAGUUCUCCAUACAAAGAAAAGGCAAUGAACCCAGGAAAUAAUGUGAAGGGCCAUGUGAAGCUCUGUCAUAGCAGGAAUUUGCUAAAAGAUUGUUUUACCUAGCUGAGCUUGGCAAAGCAAGGAUAUGAACAAUUAUACAGGUGGGCUACUCAGGGGGAGUGAAGAUAUAAGGCAUCCAAACAGGUAUUGGCAACCUGCAGCACUGUAAAAAUGCCCCUCCAGCAGAUUUCUGUAGUUCCAGCGCGGGAGACUGCCAGCAAUGGGAGAAGUUCAAUGGGCAGAAACAAAGAGAAGAGCAAGGAAGUUGAGAAUUUCAGAAAUUGAGAAGGGAUAAGUGGAAGGAGAAAAUGUUGGGCUGGUGCCAAGCGAUAGCUCGUAACCCUCACAGACUUCCAAACAGCACAAGAACACCCGAGGUCUCAGGUGAUGCUUCACAUAACUCCACUUUGAAUGACAAGUCACCAGGUCGUUCCACAAGUCGAUCAAGUAACAUUUCAAAGGCAAGCAGUCCUACAACAGGAACAGCUCCCAGGAGUCAGUCGCGGUUGUCUGUCUGCCCUUCCACUCAGGACAUUUGUAGAUUUUCUACCUUGCAUGAUUUUUCAGAAGAUGAGCUUGAACAUGCAACCCCUGUCAUGGUGCUGACCCCUUCUAAUAGGGAGUCUGGUAAGAAACAAGUAAAACGAAGGUUUAGGCGGAAAAAAGAGACUGGAGACAAUGGUGAGCAUACAGAAAAGCAAGGAAAGGGAAAAGACUGUAAAUUACAUCCUGAGCCAGUGAGAUCCAGCUGGAAUGCAUCUGAUUCAUCAUCAUCUUCAGAUGAGAGUCAGUGGGCUCAGGCUAAAAGGAAAGCGAGAGAAAAGGCCAGAAUGGCCAGGAGGGGGAGAAGGAAUAAUAGAUCAUGCACUAACCAGGAUGGGUCCUCAAAUAAUAAUGCAGUUGAACUUGUCACCUUGGGGACGAUGGGGAAAAAGAAGCAAGACGUAUCUGACCCUGAGAAUCCUACUUUAAAUCACCGUCGAAGAAGGGUUCCAAGGCUUACAGAAUCACAGUCUUCAGCAUCAUCUCAAGAGGCAAGGAUUUCCUCAAGAAAAUGUGGGAAAAGAAAAAGCAAAAGCUACUACAGAGAUCGGCAGCCUACAUCUUUCCUUAGACACAAUAAGGAUUCAAAGGACUGCUUUGCAGAAGCAGGCUCUGGCAGUGAUGCUCCAGCAGUCCCAGCUAAUGGAGCACCUGCUGGGGCAGAACCCAGUGGGACUGGUGCCGUUCAGAAGCCUCCAGUGUUGUAUGAUGACUGGUCUGAUGAUUUAGAAGUAUGCAGGAUCUGUCACUGUGAGGGAGAUGAUGAAAGUCCCCUCAUCACGCCGUGUCGCUGCACAGGGACCCUGCGCUUUGUCCAUCAGGCCUGCCUGCACCAGUGGAUUAAGAGCUCAGACACACGCUGCUGUGAACUCUGCAAGUACGACUUUAUAAUGGAGACCAAGCUCAAACCUCUUCGGAAGUGGGAGAAACUACAGAUGACAACGAGUGAGAGGAGGAAAAUAGUUUGUUCAGUCACAUUCCAUGUAAUUGCAAUUACCUGUGUUGUUUGGUCACUGUAUGUUUUAAUUGACAGAACUGCUGAGGAAAUUAAACAAGGCAAUGAUAAUGGUGUCCUUGAAUGGCCAUUUUGGACAAAACUCGUGGUGGUGGCCAUUGGAUUCACGGGGGGCCUGGUCUUCAUGUACGUGCAGUGUAAGGUCUACGUGCAGCUGUGGCGCAGGUUGAAAGCCUACAACAGAGUGAUCUUUGUUCAGAACUGCCCAGACACCGCCAAAAAAAUGGAGGAGAAGAACUCUUCAUGCACCCAGACCGCAGACAUCAAGGAGGCGGUGGUGGUGCCAGUAGCACAGACAGGUACAAACUCUCAGCCGGCAGCUGAAGAAACGACAUCAGAGGCCAUGCCAGUUUGACAGAGACAGCGUUGUUUCUUCUUGCAGAAUAAUGCGUAGUGUUUUCUACACUAUGAAUGCUAAAAGAGAGUAGAAAUGACUGUGCAUUUUUUUCAGUUACGAGAACAAAACAAAAAGAAACAAACAAAAAAAAAAAACACACAAAAAAGAAAACUCUACAAGGAAAAUGGAUCCAGCAAAGCAACUUGUUACUGUAUGGAAUGUGACUGUUCGUGAAGUAGUUUCUCAACUAGUCAGCAAGUGCAGUGAAAGUGGAAGUGUAGAAAGUGCAAUAGAGAACAGGUUUAACAGACAAUGCCAAACCAACGUGACAAGACUACCUUUUUUCCUUUUUUUUUUUUUUUCUUUAAAUUGGAUGGCUGGGAAGGUAGAAACAGACCUGAUAGAGUCAUUUUGUUUACAGAAAUCAAAAAGAAACCUUUCACCUGUUUACUACUAAAAUUUCCAUUUGCUAUUUAUCUUCUUAAAGAUACACUUCCAAAGGUUAUCAACUGAGUUAUAUGUAUUAUCUGAAUUGAAGCAUAUAGCGCUGUAUCACAGCACUCACUAUCUAAGCCUCAUGUGGUAACACACGUUCAUGUGACUGCAGUGGAGCCGAAUGUUUGGACAGCUGUGUCAACUAAAUAUAUCUGAAACAUCUGAAGGGUAGCGUUGUUUUUAAAUAUGCCCGAAUUUUUGAAGAGUAAGCAAUUGCAACUCAUGUGUCCAUAAGCUACAGAUUUUUUUUAAGUGUAGCUGUCAGAAAAAUAGGUACGGGAAGGAGAGAAUGUGUAGAUACCUGUUUAGAACAGCAGCUCAGCUACUUAUUUUACUUUGCAAGCAUGAACUAGACAUUAACUGAAUAUACAAAUGUUUGAGGCAGAACUAUAAAUUAAAAAAUGCAAUUUACUGCAGAAUCACACAACAGUAAAUUGCAUAUUAUCAAAGUUCUGGAAAGGGACGACAUAUAAGGAAGAUGGAAGCCAUUUUUUGCUUUAUUUUUUAAGAUUCAUGAUACAGAAAGGUAGAUGUAAGAAAAUAUACCUAUGUAUCUUAAGAGAGCAUUAGUUUUUAUCUCCUUUUUUUGAAAAGUUAGUUUUUAUCUUCCUGACUGAAAAAAAGAUAUAAAUGGUUUCCCUCUGUACAGGUAAACCUGAGGUGUUAGAGGUUCAACAGUUCAGUUGUUAACUUUGUGUUCUGAGCAUUCUCAUAUAAAAAUGAAGUGUGAAUAGCAUUAAAGGAUGCAAUAGAUAAAUGAAUGUAGAUAUAAUACUGUGUCCAACAGAAUGAAUUAUAUAUAAAGAACUAAUUUUGUGAUUUACUUCUCAUACCCGUGAUGUUUACCAUCAGGACACAACAGGAAGCAUUGACUUGGCAUGGACAAGUCUGGAGCCUGAACAUAAUGUAUGUUUAAAAAAAAGCAACCUAAAAGGAGGAAAAGCAAGCAAAUAAAGAAGAAGAGUAAAGAGGAUAGGAGAGCACAGGUUCAUUCAAAUGGGGGAAAUCUGCCGUAAAUACCAGUGAACUAUUCUUCUACAGAAGUAGUUUCUAAUGGUAAAUUUCCUCUUUACAUACUCAAAUAUCUACAGUUAAAUAACAAAAUCAUCACAUUCUUACAAAUAUCCAGGGUGCUAGGCCUGCGUUGUGUUAGAGUUUAUAUAUUAGGCAUUCCUUUCUGAAUGUGUUAAGUAGCAGUACUAUCAGAAAAGUGUCUUUUAUCAGACUAUUAUGUUCUUUUGUAUUGGAACCGCUCAUGUAACUUGGCUGUGACUAAGUGAUUGCCAUCUGGCUAGACAGGACACAGAAUAUUGGUGCUUGAAUAGGUCCAUAUUAAUAUUUUAUCUAAGUUACUCCAGUUGAGUUGGAUUAAUGUUUAUUUUCGACAUAACAACAUGCAUUUUUCAUAUAAAAUAACUUUCCAAUUAUACAAUUAUGAAUUGGAAUUGUAGCAGCUUCUCACUUGAGAUUGCAUGCAAGAGUAACCAAAUAAUUUCCCUGUUUAUAAUUGUGGAGGAGACUUCAGGUCUUCAGAGAACUAUGACAGGAUUAAGGAAUGCCUCGUAACUGCACCUGCAAAAGCACGUUUUUCUAAAAAUGUAAAUCUACUUAGUAAGAAGUAAAUCUCAUGAUACCUGAAGUUAGACACUUAAAGUUUCUAGACGCAUCUAAAUGUUUGGAGAGACGUUUGCAACAAAACCUUAUCAAUCACAGCAAAAUUGACAGACAAGGAAAAUUGUAAUGGAAGAUAAUUCAGAUCUUUCUGAAAUAAUCAGAAAGUUUCCUACUAAGCAACAGUAACCCCGCUUCAGAGAACAAGCAAGCUUGUUCUUUGAUCUGCUGUAGCAUCAGGACCUCACUGAAAGUACUUUAUCCCCUAUUUUGACAGUUUACUGGAGACUAAUUCACACUGUUUUUUUCCUUGCACAAGUAUAACAUUCAAAUCAAUGCAAAAAAAUACCUGAGGAUUCUGAAGGCAGAUCUAUAGCACCCAACAAGAUUACCGUACAUUUUUAAAAAUACAAAGAGUCAGCAACAGAACAGACAACUUUCAAAGCCAUUUUAUACUGAGGACUUCAACUUCAAACCACUAUUUUGGCAUUCAUCUCAAACUACAUGCACAACUGAGUUUACAGUUAGUUAAAUAAAAGAAUGGAGAAAGACUUCAGUAUUAAUUCCUCCUCUUCCUUUGAAAUAUUAAUUUGGACAGCAGGAAAAGGAGCAAAGUGGGACAGCAUCUGCUGAGACAUGAGACAAGUCAGCAGCAAGAGAGAUUACAGCAGGCUUGAAGCAAACUUUACCCUUUUAAGCAUUACCAUAUUAGCCCGUGCAUCCCUUUCUCCUCUUAAGUGCACUGGGUAUUCUAGAACUUUCAGGGAUUUCAUGCAGGAUUGCCAUUUGUUUCUGAAGCAGGGUGGUCCCUCUUCAAGAGGGCAAGGAGCUAUUCACAACAUGCCCUGCAUACAGGUCUGCACAAACAAGGAAGGCGCACAAAUACUGACACUAGACAGCUGCUUACCAACCAGUGUUGUUUUUAUUCCCACACAAAGCACAAUUUUCUGUAUUAAUUUAAUGACCACAGGAUUAUAUCCUGCAAAAACAGUAUACUGAAAGUUUUAAGCUACAUUCUAAGACUUUUUAAUAAAGAUCGGUACCAAACUACCUGUGUAGCCACAGUGCAUCUUGGGCAAACAGGCAGACAGUGGAAUUCAGCUUCACUAAACCCACAAGGGCAGAACCUUGCUCUGAGCUGCCAUCACAAGAAGAGCUUAAUUCUGCACAUGCUUGUUUAAGCCAAGUUUUAAUGAAGGUAGGUAUAAGUAAUCUGGUGUCAGAUCAGAUCUGGACUCUUCAACAAGAUACUCUUAACCUAGGAAUACGCACAUUUCUUUUCCUGUUUUAAGUUAAAAGCAUUAUGAAAUUUAUUUCAAACUGGCAUAAACAUACCACUUUUGACUAUCAUCAGCAUUACAAAGAUUCUGAACUAGUCCAGUUGUGCCAUUCACACACUGCUAUGUCUGAAAGCAGUGUUUAUUUUUGUUGUGUAGAAAAAAACAGUAAUUCCCCAUCACCAGAACAAACCAUUUAUAAUUUCUAAUAAUGCAACAAAACUUACUCUAUGAUGAAAAUAAUUUACUGUGUAUAAUAUUUGGAACUAUGAGUUUGUGUUACUUGUUUAACUCCCUCUCUUUUGCAAAAGAAAAAUUGUAUGUUCUUGUGGGUGAAUGUGUACUGAAAGACAGAAGGUAAGGGAAACAAAAGUAAUAUAUCUGCUUAUUGUUGUGAAAAAAUGUAUUUGUAUUAAACAAAUGACACAAA